AUGCUAUUUGUUUUUCAAGGUUCGGUGGAAAUCAUGGGGUUGACAAAAAAAUAUACGUUUAAUCCUAAAGAAGGAAUAGACAACCCAGUGAUGGUCAUCACAGAAGACGCAGACUCUGCGUCGACACCCAGCCCACGUCUGUGUGUCCUUAAACGAGAAGAAGGGGAAUCUUUUGGCUUCCAUCUGCGGGUGGAGAGGGGGCGCCAGGGUCACAUAAUCAGAAAUGUAGUGUCAGGAGGGGUGGGGGGAUGCAGUGGCCUUCAAGAUGGAGACAGGCUUCUGGAAGUCAACAACUGCUAUGUUGACGAUGUUCCUCACAAUGAGGUGGCUAGGAAGAUAAAGCUAAGUGGACACCAGCUAUGUUUAUUAGUGUUGGAUGGGGAGGAGUAUGAGCAGGCUGUGUCCCGAGGUGAAGACCUCCGAGGUCUGGCCAGAGCACACACUGGUGAGGGCUGCAAAGCACCCAGACUCUGCCACAUCUCCAAAGAUCCUGUCUCCGGCCUGGGCAUCAACUUCACCCCUCUGGAAGGAGAGAAAGGGCGUUUCUCAGUGAGCCUGGUUACAGGAGGUGCAGCUGAAAAGGCCGGUGUGUGUAAGGGAGAUCACCUGGUGUGGAUGGAUGGAGCAACAGUGUCCAAUCUCACGCACUCUGCACUCAGCAGGAUGAUGAAAAAAUGUGGCGAUCACAUCACUAUCCUAGUGAUCGACAGUGAGAGUGAGAAGGAAUACAUGCGACACAGGAUGCCCAUCCUGCCCACCAUGGCUGUUCCACAUAACCUUCCCCAUAGAGCCAGAAAACUCCACCUGGUGUCUGGGCCGUCGGGGUACGGCUUCCUCCUUCGGCUGGAGAAGGCGCCAUCAGGACGCACAUUUCAUAUUCUGCGUGAGAUGGACAGUGGCAGUCCAGCAGAGAGGGCAGGUAUGCGGGAUGGAGAGCUGCUGCUGGAGGUCAAUGGAGAGUCAGUGGAGUCCCUGAAGCAUGAAGAGAUUGUGGACAGAGUGAGACUGAGUGGACAACAGGUCUCCCUCACCACCAUCACUCUCCAAGGGCUGGAGUUUUACACCAAGUUGGGUCUUUCACCUGUUCUCUUCUGUGAGGAUGGGGAUGUUGAGAGAGAAAAUGAGAGCAGCAUAUCAGCCUCUGCAGCUGAGCAGUCACCACAAAAGGAAAUAGAUGGCUUGUACGAGCCCAGGCACUGUACUCUCCAAAAAGGCCCUUUGGGAUUUGGCUUUAACCUGGGCUGUGUUCCACGGAGUCCUGGGACCUUCGUCAGCCAGGUGGCUUUUGGGGGCUCUGGGCAGAGUGCAGGGUUAUGUGUGGGGGAUGUGCUGAUAGAAGUCAAUGGACAAAAUGUGGAGGAGAAGUACCUGGAGGACGUGAUUAUGCUUUUGAAGGAAAAAGGAAAUUUUCUUUCCUUGCUAGUCAUGGAUAAGACUGGCUCCAACAAGCAGGAGGAAGACAAUUAUGAGAUAUCAUUUUUGUGAGCAACGAAGAUACUCACACAACUCUGAAGACAUUCCCCCAUCCCAUAUGUCUGCUGAAGAGACUUCAAACUGAGCUGAACAAGAAAAACGUUUGCCUGUUGUUAUUAUGUUAUUAUUUUACUGUCCAAUAUUUCCUUAAUCUAAUCCCAGGGUUUCACAAAGGAAUGCAAAAUACGAAA